AUGUUAGAGAACGCCAUAUGGAAAUGUAUAAAAACAAAUGGUUCUAUAUCGAUCUACCAAGUUGCUAAACGAAUGUGGACGAAAUUGAAUAAAGUCAAUAGGCAACAGCUCGAAAAUCUCCCGCCGGGACUCUUGCAAGACCUUUUGGAAGCUUGCAUGGCCGUGACGCCGCCCGAUGAGAUGGUACGUUACAGCCAGAUUGCCUGCAUUUUGAAGACCACUCAAUUGGACAGAUUGAGCCUGUGGAACUUCCAUACGACUGCGAGGGACUUCUCCUGGAUGAUGAGGAAGACACGGGGGAGAUUGAAGGAACUGGAGGUGGAUCGAGUGUCGGUUCAUGGCCGAACUCCCGAAAUCGUCGCGAGAGCUUUGCAUUCCGUCGACAGACUUAUAGAAGCCAAUUGCGUUUCCUUGACACGGGUCACGCUCGGAGUCCAUCUCAACGACCUGCUCAUCCUUUCCGCUCUGCGACGAUUGGAGCAACUGACCCUCAAUUUCCGAUGCGCCUAUCAACUGAAUGAAAUAAUCGUCAAGAAUCGAAAUCGAGAUUAUAUAUGGCCUCGUCUGCGAAUUUUCCGCUAUGGGGACUUGUAUUCUGCGCCCACAUUGCGCUUUAUCUGCCAUCUGUUGGAGAAAUGCCCUCUGCUGAACUACUUGGCUUCCGAUGUUUCUGAGGCUUUGAUCCGUCUCCAUGAAACUGAGUUCCUAAAUGACGGGAUCUCGAAAAAGUAUAAAUGUUUGGAGAAGGUUUCUCUCGGCUGUCUCGUCUACGGGUCCGAACAAGGAGAAACGCGUUUCCGAGUUGCGUCAAUGAUCAGCGUUCAGAUAGCCAUCGAUGUAUUUCCGAACCUAAGUGAACUGGACAUCAUUUUGGACAACCACGACUGUAUAGCAAUUCUCAAUCAGUUCGUUCAUCUCGCGCGAUUGCGCAUCAAAUGGAUUGCGAGAUACGACUUGGGGGACUACAGUAGAAGUCUGCAGAUGAUCCUCUUCGAGAUCGGGUGCCAGCUCCACGAGCUAUGUCUCCACGGUUUCAAUGGGAUCGAUAUCCAAGAGAUUUCUUCACUCUGUCCGCACCUCGAUUCGCUAGGCAUCAUCGAGUGCGCAUCCCUGAACCAUUCGGGGUUCAAAUUCAACCCAUUCGAGAAACUCAAACGGUUCCGUUUCGUACCUCCGACCCACUACACGGCCGAACGUGCCGAUGGGGAUUUUCUCACGCUCAUCAAUGGUUCGGAGGAUCUCGAGCAGUUCAUCGUGGAGUUCCUCCGCACCGGUGAAGAUUUAAUGAAACUUGUGUGCGAAGUGCUGCUCGUGAAUUCGUUGAAGCGAGUCUUCAUGGCCGGUCUCCACUUCAGGUUUACACCCACUGAUGGGUUGCGGGAAGCUGUUGAGAAAUUGGUAUCAGCCUGCGAGCAGCUCCGAUUCCUCACCGUGGGACACGUCGGAAUCAUGGAUUUUUUGAGACUACGCUUUCCCCGCAUAAAAACUCAGUACGAAUUGCUCUAUGUCGGUCUGUGA